AUGGAUGAUAAAGAACCUAUUGUUCUUUAUAGACGAUGUCUUUCUGAUGUGAAAUUUCAAAUAGCACAAAAUGAUGAAUUAGAAGAUGAAGUUAAUAAGAAUUCACAUAGUUCAGCAAAAAUUCUAGAAUUGACCGUUGAUAAUGAUGUGAUACAUGGAAUUUAUGAAGGCGGAUUAAAAACAUGGGAGUGCUCAUUAGAUCUAGUUGAAUACCUUUCAAUCAAAUCAAAAGAAAUUAAUUUCAGUGGUAAAAAAAUACUAGAGUUGGGAUGUGGCUCAGCACUUCCGGGAAUAUAUUUACUUUCUACUCAGCAUUCUAUUUGCGUUGAUUUCCAAGAUUAUAAUGAACAUGUUUUAAAAUUAGUCACAAUGCCGAAUGUACUUAUCAAUACAGUACUACGACCACAAUCAGAUGACAUUUACGAAAUAGAUAUUGUAGAAGAAAUCAAUUGUUUGAAUCAAUUAAAAAAUAGCCGAUUUUUUAAGGGAGAUUGGAAUGGAUUAACUAAUUUAUUGAAUUUACAUUCAAAUCAAGAAAAGUAUGAUAUAAUACUUUCAUCAGAGACAAUUUACAACCUUAACUCUAUUCCAAAACUUUAUAAUGUUAUUAAACAUGCUCUGAAGUAUCCGAAUGGCGUCGCUUAUAUUGCUGCAAAAACUAUUUAUUUUGGUGUUGGUGGUGGGAUCCUAUCAUUUUGUCAAUUAAUUGAGCAAGAUCAUAUUUUUGAAGUUAAUGUAGUCUAUACAAAAGCUGCACAUGUUAGAAGAGAAAUUUUAAAGCUUUCAUUUUUAUAA